GGCCGCGGCCGCUGCCGCUGCUGCGGCCACCCCCGGGCCGCGCCACGCGCGCCGCCCCACCAAGAGCCGGAGGAGGCCCCGGCCCAGGAUGCUGGAGGGGAUCCGGGUCACGGAAAAGCUUCACUGGCCUGAGCAAGAAUUUACUAAUAAGUCCCUUCUGAGCCCUGGAGAGAAACUGAUCAUUGACUGUGAAAAUGACAUUUCCCAGGUGACCUCUGGAAUACUCAAAGACAUUUUCACGACCGGAACCAGUAGCUAUAAUGUCCUGCUCCAGUCUAAAGAAGAGAAGAAAAACCAGCUCCAAAAGCCGUCGUCCCCGGCCCACCACCGACGCCACCGAAAGCCCAACAGGUCUCCUGGCUCCCCGCGUGGUAAAGAGCAACAUCACCGCAAGAUCAAGGUCCCCAUGCCCCUGACCAACAGUAGCUGGUGUUACCUCAACAAGCAGCCCUCCAUCUUUGUCAACAACCCGCUCGCCGGCAAUGUCAAGUUCUCCAGCAGCUUCAGUGUGACGGGAAGCACCCUGACCCCGAAGACCAAGACCAAGGCCAGGCGGCACGGCUUCUCCACACUGGCCAAGCCCAAGCAGCCUCCCACAGUGCCGAAGAACUUUGAGAAGGGAGAUGACCCAGCCAAGAAGCUCUGCAUCCUUACGGCCAUCAAGCCCACCAACUUGGAGAGAGAGAAAGCCAAGUUCUUCAAGGCAGAGUUCGCCUACGACCCUCAGUUUGAAUAUGCCAAUCCUACUGUGCCCGCCGUGCUGGCCAAGCACGGCCAGGCGUCCGACCGCUUCCUGAAGCAGUCUGUCAGCAUUAUGGAAAGGACGCUACAGAGAUAUGGGAGUUAUGAGAACUUUGAGCAGGCCACCGGAGGCUGCUUAUUGUCUAAAACCCGCAUCUGGAGUCACGUAAGGAAGUACAUGACCAAGGAAGGCUGCCUCGGAGAGAUUGUGGUUCAUCUCACUGAAGAUCUGCUAUCCCGAGCAUCAAUGACAGUGGUCAACGGUUGUCCAACCCUGACCAUCAACGUCUCCACUGCGCGUGAGCACUGGCUGGAGGGGAUGCUGAGGCACGAAAUAGGAACACACUACUUUCGCGGGAUCAACAAUCUUCAGCAGCCUUGGAGCAACUGGACGGGCCGUAAAAAGUACGGCCUGCGGCCCAACAACCCCACAGAGGAAGGGCUGGCGAGCAUCCACAGUGUGCUCUUCCGGAAGGACCCCCUUCUGUGGCGGGCCGCCCUCCUCUACUACACAGUCUACCAAGCCAGCCAGAUGUCCUUCAGUGAGCUCUUCCAGGAUGUGGGCAAGUUCGUCAAGGACCCCAACACCCGGUGGGAUUACUGCGUGCGAGCCAAGAGGGGUUGGACGGACACUUCCAAGCCAGGUUGUUUCAAUAAAGACCAAGUCUACCUGGACGGCAUUCUCCAAAUCUUGAGAUACAGAGAAUCCAUUGACUUCCACUUGCUGACCACCUUGGGCAAGGUGUCCUUUGAGGACGUGGAGCGCUUGAAAACGCUGGCUGUCACAGAAAACCUGAGGGUGCCGCAUUUCCUGCAAGACAACGAACGGUACAUGGAGCAACUACAGAAAAUCAUGGACGUGAAUGAGCUGACUGACAAGGAACUCCGAGAUCUCAUAUACUGACAGCUGACGCGCCCCUGGAGAGCCGCAGACGCACCUGGGCCGGGCGCUGUCAGAACCUUAGGGAAGCAAAGCAGCGAUUUAUUCCGCGUUUUUGGUGAGGAAGAUCUGCAUAUUCAGCAAUGGUUUUUAAGUGCGUUCAAAUACAAACCUGAAACAAUUUCCCAGAAAUGUUUCUUUGCGGGGGGCAAAAGUCAGCUCUUUUUGGUUCUCUUCUCAGUGUAACAGUCAGCCUCUCCAGUGGAUCCCAGGCCGGCUGGAGCCCCUCUGUUGGCUUCAUGCAAGGGGCCUCACGGUGGCCUCUCGUUUGGCUUCCCCUUGACUCAGCAAGUGCUUUCCUUUCCCAUCCCUUCUCUUUCUUAGCCGACACUUAGGGCCUCGGGUUGGGAAGGGGGGGGAGGGGCUGUCCUAAGUGCAAGCUCUUAAAUGUUUUGAUAUCAGAAAUGGAGGUGGGGGAGACUGUUUAUUCAAAGGGAUUUAUACUUGGAAUAGAGAAAAACAAUCACUGGAGUACUCGAUUUGGGGUAUUCAGUAUGGUUUUAUACAGCCAUGUGAUGUGGAGACUGACCAUCAAUGGCGGAGCCAGCCAUGGUCCACGUGGCUGACGUGGCGUUGGAGGCGAUUCGUACUGGACACUGGAAAUGACCACAAGGGCCAUAUUUCUUCCCCAGCUAAGGCUGAUGGGAAUGAUAGGAGUGGGUCUUUACUUUCCCUCCCAUUCCCCACCCUCAGACCACUCCCUCCAAAGGUGCAGCUUCCUUUCUUCAGAGCCCACAGUUCUUCCCCAGCAGCAAAAAGCCAAAUGAACACGACUGUGUUACCAGGAUGGAUGAGCCGUGGGAAGAACAAAGCCUCUAUAAGACUGUACCAGGGAACAGAUCCAGAGUGACCUGUGACCUGGCCCCGCCCUGUCGGGAUGUGCAAGAUGGGUCGGUGGGACAACAAACAGCUUGAUGUUCUGGUCAGUCCGUUUGGCCUGGGCCACAUUGUUAGGGCAGUGACGCCCACCGGGCCGCUCACCUGCAUCUUCUUUCCCCACAGCCCUUCCCAGGCUUUGCUACCAGAAUUGAUAGGGCUCAUUGUGCAUUCAGGGGAAUUGUCCCGGAGACCAUGUGGAGGAAGAUGAACUUAGAUUUCAGCAGAUCAGUGGGGGGGGGGGGAGGGGUCUCUCGUGUCGUCCUUUCAGAAAACUGGAGAGACGUGGGUUCGACUCAGUCGUCACAUGCAUCUGGGGUUGGGUGAAAAUCUGUGCUCGCAGAGCUGACAUGAAUGGCUUGGUCUGUUGUGGAGGCCCUGGGGCCCUGUCCUUGGCCCCGGGCUGUUUGCUGUUCCCUCUGGGAAGAUAGCUGACACAGUGGAUGCCCAAAGAGCUCACCCAGCUCCAGCUCUGGCCUGCAUCUGAGGAAGACAUCUGGCUCCCCAAAUAUGAGAUGGGAGAAAUGUGGACAGAGUUUGUCUGGAAGAGACACCAAGGUUUUGGUGGACAGUGAGGUCACUGUGUCAGAACAUAAUGUGGUGGUCAAGGGCUGAUGCAAGUCUUGUAUCCCCCGAGAGGCUUUGAGUGUGUGAAGAAGAGGGGGUGAGGUGAGGGUGCCCUGUACUCCAGCCUAGUCAGGUCAUACUGGAGCGUUGUCUUCAGUCUUUUUGGAAAUGGACUCAAUCAGCUGAACAGGAAGCUGGCCAAGACUGUGAAGGUGGCCGGAUCCUGCCCUACACAGAUCAGUUGGAGGAUGUUGGCUAAGAGCCGUCAUCAUAAGGAAACAUUUGUCAUAAGCUCUCCAGGUGUUGAGUGGACCUCCCCUCCACCACAGACCAAGGGCCUGGGCUGGGGGUGGGGAGCUGGGCCAGUGAAGACAUACUGGCAUGGAUGUCAGUCAGCUGGGUUUCUUGAAAGGUUUCACUGUGGAAAACUUGGCAGGCACGGGCAGUACCUUUGGAGCAGGAUAUGGAAAUGCCCAUGCACACGGUUUGUUCUUCAGUGGGCUAGUAUGUCCUCCAUGCGUGUCAAUGGACACAGCUGCAUAGAUUCCCCAAAGCCAUUGUGGGAAGAGGCAAUGCUUCCAAAAGCAGGGGCCUCCCCGGGAGAGAGUCAGCUCUUCAUCUGGCCGGCCGCUUGUCUUUAAAACAUCAGACGGCAGUGGCAGAUGCUCCCAAGUUUCCUCAGACCUCAUUGAAAACUGAAAUGAAGCACUUCCCACUUGGUAGCACAGAUUAAAAUGUGGGCAGAAAUGUGGGUGCUGAUGAUCCAGGCUCAUUGGAAACACUGGUGUAUUUUGCAUUCCUGGGCAAUAACAUUGUUAAGCUCAGUGUUGUGCAGAGUCAAGAAGAAAAAUCACAGUAGCCUUAAUUUUCUAGCUCUAAGAUGAAAUAGAAUGAAACUCUUUACCCUCUGCAGUUGUAACCAGGCGUUUUCUCCUCCUGCCUUAAUGGUUUUAAAAGUAAAAUCAAGAUUCACGAUGAGGAGAAAGGAUUUUUGGAUCACACUGACUUUGUUAAAAUGCAUUCACAAAUAGUUACAAGGGCAGGCAAAUGUCCUCACGCCAGGGACCAUAAAGCCAAUAUUUUGAAUACUUUUCAGUGUGGGAACCUGGUGGUGCACACUGGACCCUUAGACCAGACCAUGAACUCCUUGUCAUGACACAUUGUACGUGGCCUCCCGCUGUCUUAUCCCUUCAAGUGCAGUUUCCAUGUAUUUCUGAUAGAAACACAGGAUUUCAGCCACGGUGCGGGGGAAGAGGAUGAAAGAGCAGAUGUCUUUCUCUCGAGGGAAGGACUGGGUGAGCUGGAUGAUUCUGGCCAAUGGUGACCUGUGGCCCCAUUCUGUUUUACCGUCACUGCAGAACUCAGUGUCUCCUGUUGCAAAGCAGUGAUUCCUUAAGUCUCUUUGUCAAAGGAUUGUGCUUCUGAAGUGUCUCAGAGUGUUGUUCCCUGAAGCAGAUUUCUAGCAUGGGAAACGCCAGGCCCGGGCAGCUGCUGGGAUUCUAAGUAGACUCCACCUAUACACCGUCAGCCCAGGGAAGUCUAUCGAGAUGAGACACUAGAAGCUUUUGAGUACCUACUGUGUGCCAGGUGGAACACAAUUGUCAUUUCCUUCUACAUCUUUGUUCAAAUGUUUAAAGUAUGUGAUGUUUGUGUUGUAAACUGUUGAGAUUUUCAGUAGCGACCAGCUGUUAUUAGAAGUAACCUUGACGUUCUGAAAUAAAGCCCCUGGAUGCUACUUCCUCUAAGCCUAAUUCUGACUCCAUCUCCCCUGAACCCCUAAACUAGUUGUUGAGGCCUUGCUUGAAGAGGAACAGCCUACAGCCAGAGAAGUGACCACACACUAUGCGCCAACUACGUGGGGUGAUGGUGGGGAUGGGCGAGAAGACCCCGGUGCGAAUGGUGGCAUCGGGUCCAACGUUUGACAGGAUCUAGGAAUGA